AUGAAUGUAUCACAAGAUGAACUGUUAAUAUGGAAUUCAAGUAUGGAAAUGAUUGAUAAAUAUGCUGCAUAUUUAACACUAGAACAUAAACAAUUGUCUACUGAAAAAAUUUGUAAUUGUUCCUCGAGAACAUUUGGUAAAUUUUGUAAGUAUCAAUUUAUGAUCAUGAAUACGUUUGAAGAUACUAUUGACUAUCAAUUUCAUUUGAAAAGAAAGUAUCGUAAUGGAAGUCAACUCUGUGGUAAUAUUACAUGUUAUACAACAUUAAACGAUUGUUAUUAUAGUUUGAGAUGUUUAGCUUGGCAAAAUAUAUGUGAUGGGAAACAACAAUGUAUGGAUGGUAUAGAUGAAGAUCAUUGUGAAGAACUAGAAUAUAAUGAGUGUCAAGAGAAUGAAUAUCGUUGUGACGAUGAUUCAUGUAUUGCUGAACAGUAUUGGUUAGAUGGAGAAUUUGACUGUUUAGAUAUAUCAAAUGAGCAAGAAAUCAGUGAACAUGAGAUAUAUUCACAAUGCUGUCCACUCACUUCUUCUGACCUCAAUUGCGAUGAGAUCACAGCACAUUUUUCGUAUUUUGCUUGUGGUGACGGACAUCUUUGUCUCACAGCUAUUGCCAGUAUUCAACGACAUAUUCUUAUAUUUAAUAAUCACUGGUUACUUAUACAUCGAAGACGUUUGAUAGUUCAUUAUAUUCCAUUAAUAUUUUGUAUAUUUUAUCCAUCCACCUUUUAUCUCAUUUUCAUCUAUUUCUAUCCAUGUGAAAUGUCAACUUAUGAUUAUGUUCAAUACUGUUCGUAUCCUUGUUAUUCGGAUAAUCUUGUCUUAUACACCAUUGAUUAUAUAGUCCAUACAAUACUUCCAGUAAUUGUUAUUAUAAUAGCAAAUAUUACAUUAAUAUGUCGAGUGAUUCAUUCAAUGCAAAAAAUUCGUCAAUGUCAUUUUGAUAUUUGGAAAAGACAGAAAAAAGUAACCUUACAAUUAAUUGUUUUUUCAUCAUUAUAUAUCAUAGGAUGGGAUUCUGUGACAGUUGUAUCUGUUAUACAAAUGUAUUUUAUGCUUAACGUAUAUGACGACAUACCUGAAAUUUAUUAUAUUACCUUUUCAAUAUAUUUUAUUUGUACGUUACAAUCCAUUAUAUGUUUAUUUACAUUACCUGAAUUGAUGAAUUAUAUCAAAAAGAAAUUGAAACAAAUACUGGCAAGAGAAACUGUAGCACCUGUGGAGACAAUUCCAUCAAUUAGUUAA